AUGCCGCCAUUCCUCCCUCGGAAGAGGCUCUCAUCAACACCAGACCCAGCCCCUCAAACUACUCCCGCAAAGAGAGCAAAGCUCGCCGAUGUCUUGGACGCGGAAUCGAGGAAUAUCUCCGACUCCACAAAGCUCAAACCAUUCGCUCUGGGAAGCGAUGACUCUGACUCAUCUCUCAGCGACGUGGACAGUGACGAGUUCGAGGAUGUGCCCUCGAGAUUCAAACAGCCUUCUGCUGCCCAACAUGACGAGGACGAGGACGAGGAUGAGGAAGAUAUAGAGUGGGAGGAUGCUGGCGCAAAAAGGGAAGCAGACGCUCCUGUGCACACGCCCCUGGCUGAUGGUCCAAUCGAACUGGUCUUUCGAAAAGACGACAAUGAGAUUGACUACGGUAUGGCUGAAACUGUGGGCAAGGGCAAAAAAGGGCCGACAAAACGGGAGAAGGAAGCCAGGGUGAGAACUCAUCAGCUGCAUGUUCAAUUCCUCCUGUGGCACAAUUCAAUACGGAAUAGAUGGAUCUCGGACAGGACAGUGCAGCAGACCCUUGUUCAGCAAUUGCCACCCCAAAUUAAAAAGGAAGUCGACAAAUGGAAACGAGCAAGUGGAUUGCCGGAUCCGGAGCCCGAAGCAAAUGCAGAAUCAGCAAAAACUAAGAAACGGGGAAAGCGUCAAGCUGUCGACCCUCGCAAAGAAAGGGACUGGGGAAGGCCAAGUCAGCGUCUGGAAAGCGGGAAGACCGACCUGAGUAAUGGAGAUCCACUCGUUUCUCUUGUGAAAGUGUUGGCUGUCUAUUGGAAGAAGCGAUUUGCAAUCACGGCUCCAGGACUGAGGAAACGUGGUUAUGGGACUAAACAGUCGUUGAAACAGGUGAUCUAUUCGUUCAGAAAUGACGAACAUGACGAUGAAAUCCACGGAGAACGCAUUCGGAAUAUUCAGGAGUUUCGUGAGCUGGCAAGGAGAUGUGAAGGUUCGAGAGACCUCGGUGCUCAAUUAUUUACUGCCUUGCUCCGAGGACUUGGAAUUGAAUCCAGAUUAGUGGCCAGUCUGCAGCCUAGUGGUUUUGGUUGGACCAAGGCGGAGCAACUACUACCACGGAAACCGGCCAAAGCGGUAGAGAUUGAUACGUCUUCUGAACAAUCUGAAGCCGAAGACUCCAAGUCCAUAUCAGAAAUCACCAGCACGAAAGGGGGAGUAAAGGGGAAACAAGCGGCGCAUUCACAAAGAAGCCCUGGAACUACCACGGCCCCUAUUGAUCUUGACUCGGACUCUGAGAUGUAUGAAGGUGGAGACGACGAUGAUUCCGUCGUGGAUGUCACUCCAUCUUUGCCCAAGAAGCGUCCACAGAAGUACGACCGGGAUAAUCCCUUCCCAAUAUAUUGGACCGAAGCGAUAUCUCCGAUCACGAAGAAAGUCCUUCCCGUCUCACCUCUUGUCCUUGCUUCGCCUGUUGCUUCCACACCCGAAUCCUUAGCUACUUUCGAGCCUCGCGGGGCUAAGGCUGAGAAGACGAAGACGGUGAUUGCAUACGUUAUCGCGUUUUCAUCCGAUGGUACCGCCAAAGACGUGACUGUCAGGUAUCUCAAGAAUAGGAUAUGGCCAGGCAAGACGAAGGGUUUUCGGUACCCGGCGGAGAAGAUCCCAAUCUACAACAAAUACGGCAAGAUUAAACGAUACGAAGAAUAUGACUGGUUCAAGCGGGUCAUGAGUGGUUAUGUUCGGCCCGACCUAAUGAGGACGGCCGUGGACGACGUGGAGGAUUCGUCUGAUCUCGUCCCUCUCCUUCCUGAAAAGAAAGAAGUCAAGGAAGGCGUUGACACGCUCCAGAGCCUGAAGGCAUCUCCUGAUUUUGUUCUCGAACGGUUUCUGAGGCGUGAGGAAGCUUUGAGGGCCGGUGCAAAACCAGACAGGGUCUUCGUGUCUGGUAAAGGCGACAAAUUGAAGGAGGAGCUAGUCUACCGUCGAAGCGAUGUCGAAAGAUGUCUCACUGCGGAAUCGUGGCACAAAGAAGGCCGAAGACCAAAAGCCGGGGAGGCUCCGAUGAAGCUUGUACCGGUACGGGCCGUCACUCUCACCAGAAAACGUGAAGCCGAAGAGCAUGAAAGGCAGACUGGAGAGAAACAAAUGCAGGGCUUGUACUCAUGGGAUCAGACUGAAUAUAUCAUCCCACCCCCGAUUAAAAAUGGCGUCAUUCCAAAGAAUGCCUAUGGGAACAUUGAUUGCUUCGUGCCGAGUAUGGUGCCAAAAGGUGCUGUACACAUUCCACUCAAAGGAACAGUCCGGAUAUGCAAAAAGCUUGAGAUCGAUUUUGCGGAAGCGGUGACGGGAUUCGAGUUUGGGAAUAAGAUGGCCAUACCAAUCUGUGAGGGCGUUGUGGUGGCGAAAGAGAAUGAGAAAGCUGUCAUUGACGCUUGGUCAAAAUUUCAUGAGGAGCAAAGAAGAAAAGAGGAAUCGAAGAAGGAAAAAUUGGUGUUGGACCUAUGGCGGAAAUUCGUCAUGGGUCUCAGAAUUCGGGAACGCGUCCAGGAUACUUAUGGAGAUGUUACUAACGAUCGGUUGGAUCAUGCCCAUGGGUUGGGCAAGGAUCAGCCGAUCAAUAUCGAUGAUGACAAUGACAUGCCAGGACCAGCACUACCUAACACGAAUGACGACGAUUUUGGUGGCGGUUUCCUUGUAGAUGAAGACGAACAGGCAAUCCCCGAGGAUCUGGAAAUGGUUCAUCACCAGGAGCCACCAGAGACAGACAAGGCAAAAGGGGAGGUGAAAGCAGCUACAGAGGAUCCAACUCGAGAACUUGAAGACUUCCAGAGCUCCGAACUUUCCUCUGCGCCGAGCGAUGGUGUUGACGACAUUAAUGUAGAAUUGUCCACUACGGAAAGUGACUCAGCUAUUGAAGAAGACGAAAAUGACUCGGCCUUGGAAGCGAUGUAA